UGUAACAGGCUAUAAAGGAAAAAGUGGAAGUAGGCAGUCACGUCGGAGGAGCAUCGUCAUCAGAACACCGGAAGUAUUACGUCACAGGCCGUCACAUAAUGAUUACAGAUCCCGGGCUAAACGGGAAAAUGUUCAAACGCUCCAAAAUAGUGUACGUGUGAAGUCAUCGAACUCUAAAAGUAACAAAUGGUACGCAACAGGAUAUCCGGCGUUGAGGAUAGCUGAUAGGAAACUCCGUGAACGACAAGAAGAACAGAAAAUGAAAGACAAUACCAGACUGACCAGGAAGACUAGGAGCUACAGUAGAGGCAAAAGUGUUUAUGCCAACAAUGAGGAUUCUAGAGUUCCGUAUCAUAGAUCACGAUCUCUCGACAUUACACAGAUGUCAUUAUCGACCUUUGACCCGGAAGUAAGUAGAAAAGACACCAUAAGACUUACCUACACCGGAAGUACUUCGCGACCAAAUUCGACGCUGUCGUCGAGAGGAUCGAGACGAGGCUCCCUCAGUAGUAGACGAGGCUCAGGUAUCGUUCAGAAGAAGGUUGGCUCUGUUGUACCUCACAUGAGACGGAGUUAUACAUUUGAUGAUUUGCAGACGAGAAUUUACCAGCAGAUACAUAAAACAUAUGGCGAACCUGACGCAGAUUUGAAAAACAAACAGUUCUUUCUAACCCUUGCACAAAUGCAAUCCGAUCAUUAUAGAAUGAAGAAAAUGAAACUGAAUGAAAGCGAUAGAAAUUUUCUCGAGAAAAUGUUUGAAGAGAUGAAAUACAUACAGAAAGAGACUGGAAAGAUUCUUCAAAAUUCUGGAAAACGUUAUUCAACACAGUUUGAACAGCCAAGUCCUGUCAACGAUAAACUUCGAAGUCUUCCAAAAGGAAACCAACACGAGACAUUCUUGAAAAGGGUUCCGAGACAGAAAGAAAAAUUGAAAUUAAAACCGCUCCGAAAUCCUGGCGUUCAUAGAAAACGAGAAACGGGCUACAGAUAUGCCAAUAGCUACGACCAAUAUGAGAAUUACAAACGCCGAGAUUUAAACAAAUCUUCCAGUCAUUACCAGCGAGCGAAAGUGCCCGAUAACCCGUCAGAUAUGUUGUUAUUUCUACAAGAAGCCGAACGCUUGUUGACAGCGUACAGCACAGGACUACUUGAUGACUCAACUAAAGGAUAUGAUCGUGAAUCUUACACCAACCUUGCGAGGCCACAAACGGACAAACAAACUAAACUAAAACAACAACAACAACAACAACAUAAUCAUCAUCAUCAACAACAACAACGACAACAGCAGCAGCAACGCAUCAUCCAACAUCAAUCAUUUGAUAAAACUAGAGAAAAGCAGUCAAGCGGACAGAAAAAUCCAUUGAAUCAGUUGUCAACACAAACAAAUGUUGGUCAUAAACCGGCGCCACCUGUUUAUAAGAGACCAGAAGCGUUUUACGAUGCCCGAAAACAUAUGAACUUUUACAGUCGAGCAAAUUUGGUCAGUCACCGACUGAACGAGACAAAAAGCACGAGUUCUCUAGGAACAAAACAAAGCUUCACAACGUUUGCAACAUAA